AUGCUGAAAUCAAAUGACUCCUUGUUUUCUUUGGAUACUUUGUUUUUUGAAAAACCAGAUGAAGCUGAAAACUAUCCAGACAAUGAAAAAUCAUUGGAUUGGUUUCUCCCACCUGUUCCACUGAUUUCAGAAAGUCAUAAACUGUUAGGUCAGGAAGAAAGGCCAAAAAUGUUACCAUCAAAUUUAAAGAUGACUAAUGAAAACACAAAUUAUAUUUCACCAACACAAAAAUUCCAAUUUGCCUUUUCUUCAAAUAAAUGUGAAACAGGUGAUCUGAAUUUAACAGAAGCAGGUAACCAUAACUUAACACGUGUUCCUGGGAAGCUGACCUAUGGUUCUCAGAAAUACAAAAAUCACAUUGGCACCGAGAUAGCACCUGAGAAAAAUGUUUCAGGUAAUACAAAAUUAGUAAAUUUUGCAGAAGAUAAAGGAGAGAGCACAUCAGCCUUCCGAAAAAGAUUAUUUAAAAUAUCUGACAAUAUACAUGAGGGUGUUUAUUCUAAUGACAGUACAAACUUGGAGUCUUCUGUUGGCUCAGUGAAAAUUGUCCCAACAGAAAUGAACAAAGGGGAAUCAUGGAAAUGUAGCAAUAGUAAGCAGAAACAUCAAUAUUCAGACAUUAAUAUGUUUACAGCAAGCAAUGCUGUUUCAGCUUCUGAAAUCAGAGAAGACAUAUUCAAAGGACCAACUUUUUCAGUUGCAUCCCAACCUCAUGAAGUUCAAGGGAUAACAGAAAAUGAUUUAGAUUCUUUGAAGGCUGUCACAGAAAUCCCGGCAAAAUUUAGAAGUAUUUUCAAAGAAUUCCCAUAUUUCAACUAUAUACAGUCCAAAGCCUUUGAUGAUCUUCUUUACACAGAUAGGAAUUUUGUGAUUUGUGCUCCAACUGGUUCUGGGAAAACUGUGGUGUUUGAACUAGCUAUAACAAGAUUGUUAAUGGAAGUACCAUUGCCAUGGUCAAACAUAAAAAUUGUUUAUAUGGCACCAAUAAAAGCCCUGUGUAGUCAGCGUUUCGAUGAUUGGAAAGAAAAAUUUGGACCAAUAGGAUUGAAUUGUAAAGAACUCACUGGAGAUACAGUAAUGGAUGACCUAUUUGAGAUCCAACAUGCCCAUAUUAUUAUGACAACUCCAGAAAAAUGGGAUAGCAUGACUAGGAAAUGGAGAGACAACUCUUUGGUCCAGCUGGUUAGACUCUUUCUCAUUGAUGAGGUACAUGUUGUAAAAGAUGAAAAUCGUGGACCAACUCUUGAAGUUGUAGUCAGCAGAAUGAAAACUGUACAGUCUUUAUCUCCUCCUUCAGAAAAUAGCACAGUUAUUCCAAUGAGAUUUGUAGCUGUGUCUGCAACAAUUCCAAAUGCUGAGGAUAUUGCAGAAUGGCUUUCAGAUGGUGAAAGACCUGCAGUAUGUUUGAAAAUGGAUGAGAAACAUAGGCCAGUGAAACUUCAGAAAGUGGUCCUUGGAUUUCCCUGUGGAAGUAACCAAACUGAAUUUAAGUUUGAUUUAACCCUCAACUACAAAAUUGCUGGUGUUAUACGAACAUACUCUGAUCAGAAACCCACACUUGUGUUUUGUGCAACAAGGAAAGGUGUGCAACAGGCUGCUUCUGUUCUAGUGAAAGAUGCCAAAUUUAUUAUGGCUGUGGGACAGAAACAGAGGUUACAGAACUAUGCAUAUUCCAUAAGAGAUUCAAAACUGAGAGAUAUCUUAAUACAUGGUGUUGCUUAUCAUCAUGCUGGUAUGGAGCUGUCAGAUAGAAAAGUAGUUGAAGGAGCUUUCACUGUUGGAGAUCUACCAGUUCUUUUUACCACCAGUACUUUAGCUAUGGGAGUAAAUUUGCCAGCUCACCUAGUAGUUAUAAAAUCUACAAUGCAUUAUGCUGGAGGAAUGUUUGAAGAAUACAGUGAAACAGAUAUUCUACAGAUGAUUGGUAGAGCUGGUCGACCUCAAUUUGAUACUACAGCUACUGCAGUUAUUAUGACUCGGUUAAAUACAAAAGAGAAGUAUAUUCAGAUGUUAGCUUGUAGUGACACUGUAGAAAGCAGUUUACACAGACAUCUUAUCGAACAUUUAAAUGCAGAGAUAGUGUUACAUACCAUCACAGAUGUGAAUAUUGCUUUGGAAUGGAUACGAUCAACUUUGCUUUAUAUCAGAGCCUUGAAAAAUCCAUCUCAUUAUGGUUUUGCAUCUGGAUUGAACAAAGAUGGAAUUGAAGCAAAAUUACAAGAAUUAUGUUUGAAGAAUCUGCAUGAUUUAUCAUCUCUGGACUUGAUAAGGAUGGAUGAAGAUGUUAAUUUCAAACCAACUGAGGCAGGAAGAUUAAUGGCUUGGUAUUACAUUACAUUUGAGACAGUGAAGAAAUUUUGUACUAUCAGUGGAACAGAGACUUUAUUAGAUCUGGUCACGAUGAUAUCCAGCUGCAAGGAAUUUGUAGAUGUGAAGUUAAGGAUAAAUGAAAAGAAAAUAUUGAAUACUUUGAACAAAGAUCCAAAUAGAGUAACUAUCAGAUUUCCAAUGGAAGGAAGAAUUAAAACAAGAGAAAUGAAAAUAAAUUGUCUUAUUCAGGCUCAACUAGGAUGCAUUCCCAUACAAGACUUUGCUUUGACACAAGAUAUCUCGAAGAUUUUUAGAAAUGGCUCACGAAUUACAAGAUGGUUGUCAGAUUUUGUGGCUGUUCAAGAAAAGUUUGCUAUAUUAUUGAACAGUUUGAUUUUAGCUAAAUGUUUUAGAUGCAAACUUUGGGAAAACUCUCUACAUGUAUCCAAACAGCUGGAAAAAAUAGGUAUAACAUUGUCAAAUGCAAUGGUAAAUGCAGGUUUGACUUCCUUUAAAAAAAUAGAAGAAACAGAUGCAAGGGAACUUGAACUGAUUUUAAAUAGACACCCCCCUUUUGGAACACAAAUAAAAGAAACAGUGAUGUAUCUACCAAAAUAUGAACUUGAAGUGGAACAGAUUGCAAGAUACAGUGAUACCAUGGCAGAAAUAUUAGUGACAAUUAUAUUAAGAAACUUUGAACAGCUACAAGCUAGAAGAACAUCACCAGAUUCUCACUAUGUUACCUUAAUCAUAGGUGAUGCAGAUAACCAGCUGGUUUUUAAGCACAAAAUUAUGGAUUCUGUUUUACUAAAAGCUGGAAAUUGGACUAAAAAGAUUGAUGUGAGGAGAGCUUUUAAAUCUGAAGAUCUUAGCAUAAAUCUAAUUAGUUCUGAGUAUGUUGGACUUGAUAUUCAGCAGAAAUUUACAGUAUUUUACUUAGGACCCAGGAGGCUUGGAAAUCAAAUAAUUAUGCGAAAAAAAUCAGAAACAGAGAUUUCCCAUUCUAAACAUUCAAAUAGAUCUACUAUAGCAGGACCCAAUAAAGGAAUGACUGCUUGCAGAAAACCUGGGAACCGAGAAUGUAAUCAUCACUGUAAAAAUAAACAGACAUGUGGACAUGACUGCUGUAAAACUGGAGUGGCACAAAAGUCAGAAACAAAAGAGCCAACAAUCUCUUCAUAUUUAUCCGAUUUAAGAAACAGGAAUGCUGUUUCAUCACUUCCUCCGGUUAAACGUCUCAAGAUGCAAAUGAAUAAAUCUCGAAGUGUGGACCUUAAAGAAUUUGGUUUUACUCCAAAACCUUCUGUUCCCAGUAUAUCAAGGUCAGAGUGUUUAAACAUACCUGGAUUGUCUGUAAUGGAGCAGAGGGAUCAGCGUGAUUUCUGUGUAAAAGUUCAACAAGAACCAUCUGAAUAUGAAGACAAAGAAGUUUUGAAUGUGAACUUUGAAUUGGGAAAUGAAGUUUGGGAUGAUUUUGAUGAUGAGAACUUAUUAGAAGUUACUAGUUUUUCAGCCAGUACUGAGAAGACAAAAACAUCAGGAUUUGGAAACACUUUGAGUUCAAGUACCAGGGGAAGUAAGCUAUUCCUCCAAGAGCCAAAGAGCAAAUUCCAAGGAGAAAUGACAAAAAGUUUUGUUUCAUCACAUGGGAAGCCAGAUACUUAUUUAUCAAAUUCUCCUGUAUUCGAGUUUGAUACAUCCUCCCUGACGAAAUUACCUCAACAAGCUGGAAAUACAACUAUUGUCCAUUCACAAGAAAGAAAACAACAAAAUCUGUCACCAGAGAUUGAAAAGCUAUGCUUUACUCACUCUAAAAAAAUACCAAAUUCUUCACAUUUCGUUAAGAAAGUGGAUUUCUUUAUUAGAAACAAUGAAUGUAAAGAGGAAAUUGAUUUCAGUAGGUAUCAUCCUGAUGAUGAAGCUGAUGAAAUGAAGUCUUUCCUGGGAAUAUUUGAUGACAUUUUCUAAAACAAAACAAAAAAAAUCUUAUAUUAAUAAGGCAAGAUAUAAAGACACCCAAUUACAAAGCAUGCAUUUUAUUUUUUUAAGUAGUCACAAUUGCUCAAAUUUUUUUUCUCUUGGGUUUGAUCAGUUUUAUUGACUUAUUUGCACCACAUUUUUGGACUGAUUUGUUUUCCUUUUGUAACUUCAUGAAAAGCACUUUUACAGUGGGUUUGUUUCAGUAAGCUGAAAAUUAAGUUGCACUUAGAUAUUAUUUGGUUAUUAAAUGUAUCUUGAUUGGAUUUUG